GACGGCCACCUGUUCGACGGAGCACGGCGCCCGGGACAGGUUGCGAUGUUUGCUGCUCUGCCACGGGUGUAACUGGAAUAUAUAUCAUGCUGUAACUCCUCCCCCACGCCGGAAGACCCGCCGCCAAAGAAUCAUACCAUCCCAACGCUCCCCACUGCAUUAUCUGAACGAGCCGUCCGGGUCGUAUCCCUUCAACCACAUCCUCUGCCUCUUCCUCUUCCUCUUCCUCUUCACGCAUGCACCCAAACUGAACCUAAACGAUCCCAUCUCCUCCCCAAAAACAUGGCCAUACAAACGGCACCCCCUCCACCAUCCCGCCCGGCACCGCUGCAAGUGGGCCUCGGCAACAACAACAACAACAACAAGGACACCAACACCAGCACAGACGAGACCUUCCAGCUCCAGCUCUCCUCAGGCAACGGCCCCGUCUACCGCACCGUCCUCCGCGCCCCGCCCCGCGACGCAACCCCCUCCGAGAUCCCCAUAAUCGACAUCUCGGCCAUCUUCAGCCCGUCCCUCGAGUCCCGCAGGGCCGUGGCCCGCCGGGUCCACGCCGCGGCGACCAACAACGGCUUCUUCUACAUCCGCAACCACGGCAUCCCUCGGGACAUCACGGACGCCGCCCACGACGCCUGCCUCGCCUUCUUCCGCCAGCCCCAGGACGUCAAGGACCGCGCCGGCGCCGCGCAGUCCGCCUACUUCAACGGCUACAAGCCGCCCCGCUCCCAGCGCAUCAACCCGGCCGAGGGCGUCGACAACCGCGAGACCUUCAGCUGGACCUACGACCCGCGCUGCGACCCGGCCGUGCCGUCGCUCGGGUCCCUCCCGCCGAGGGUGAGGUCCUUCCUGCGCAUCGAGCCGGACGCCGACGAGGAUGCUGAUGCCGGCCACCACGACGACGACGACGACGACGAUCCUCACAGGCGCUUCCCCUGGUCCCGGACGAGGACAGUCCCGCACUUCGCCCCCGCCGUCAUGGCAUACUGGCGGUCCUGCCUCGCCCUGGCCCGCGCCCUCGUGCGCUGCUUCGCCCUCUCCCUCGAGCUGGACGAGACCUUCUUCGACGGCAAGGUGACGCACCCGGACGCCGCCCUCGCCCUGAACUACUACCCCCCGCUGCCCCCGACCCCUCCACAGUCCCCGGGCCAGCAACACCCGCCCUCGCCCUCGCCCUCGCCCUCGCCCUCGCCACCACCACACACUACCCAGCAGCAACAGGACCAGGAACAACAAGAAGUCUCAAUAGGCUCCCACACAGACUUCCAGCUCUUCACGAUCCUCCACCAGGACACCGUGCCCGGGCUGCAGGUCCUCUCCCGCUCGGGCCAGUGGCUCAACGCGCCCCCCAUCCCGGGGACCUUUGUCGUCAACAUCGCGGAUUACCUGCAGCGCAUCACCAACGACCUGUACGUGUCGACGGUGCACCGGGCCAUCAACAACAGCAGCAGCAGCAGCACCGGGGGCGGGGGCCGCGAGCGCGUCAGCAUGCCCUUCUUCUUCGGCUUCAACAUGGACGAGUCCUGCGCCGUCCUCGACAGCUGCGUCGCCGCCUCCCCGGGCCGCGUGAGGCGCUACGACGAGGUCAGCUGCUACGAGUGGGUGCAGCGCCGCGUCAGGGCCAUGCACGACACCAAGGGCGCCGGGGCGGCGGGUGCCACGACGCCUCCUCGCGCAGGUGAUGAUGAUGAUGACAGAUGAGAUGAGAUGACGGUGGUGGUCCGGAUCUGAAGCAGGCGCUGAAGAAACAAGGGGAGGAAAAAGAACGGAAAAGAAAAAACAGAAACAAAAAGCACAUGUGCAGUUAAUUUCCCGAUCAAGAUCCGGCACGGCGUUUAUCAGUAUUUGGUCCACGGGCGUUCCAGCUCGUGCGUGUCUCUGCCCUGUCAGCGUAUGUGUGUCUGUCUGUCUGUCCGCCUGUCUGUCUGAGAAGGAGACACACCCAUCAUUCAGCCGACCGAAUGGACAAGACCAAAGACACAAACCUACCCACCUACCUACCUGUCCGCCAACCCGUGUACAGCAAGCGACUCAGACUCCGAGAGACAGCACGAGGGAGAGAAACAGGAAGAAGAGGAAGGACAGCCCACAGAGCAGAGCAGAUCCCAACAAAGGAAAACGAAGAAGAAAAUAAGACACGCCGCCGCACGGGUCCCUGAAGAUCCAUCCGACCCACCGCCUCGGUGUCCAUCCAAUUCCGCCUCGAUCCCGCCACAUCUGGUUCUGCCGGCCGCACCGUGGCUGGUGGCUGCGAGCGAGGCGAGUGAGUGAGUGCUGGACGGGGUGGGUUGUUAACGAUCGAUCUAUCUAUCCCUGCCCAGGUGUCUCUGUGUCAAAUUUGAGGCUGAGGAGAGGGCCCGACCGGAACAGCCGGCCGAGACCCAAGGGGUUCAAAUAUUCCUUCCCUGGGCUGAUCCUGCGGUCCGAUGCAAUGUGCGAGUGAGACAUGCAGCUACCUAGCUAAGCUGACGGGGAUCCAGCCGACGGGGAGCCCAGGGAGCCAGGCACCAGCAGGCAGAAGAAAUAACAGAAGCAGCACCCUAGUAAUCAAUCUGCCCCUGGCCCGGCCUUUCUUCAUUCCGAUCCAGAUUCCGAUCCAGAUCCAGAUCGCCACGCCGCCGUGCUGCAUGCACAUGCACAUGCACGUGUUGGUGGGAAGUUCCAUCUUACCUCAGGGUAUCUAUCUGUGUUACGAGGGGGGGGGGAGUCUCGGCAACCUUUGUCCGUGUGCAGACACACGCGAACGUACGUACUCAUUCACACGAGCGCACAGAGAGAGACAAAGACACAGGAAUACACGCAUCAUACAACAAGGUCAACA